CCACUUUCUAUCGACAAUUCUCUUCAUCUUCUUUCCCUCUUUAUGGCUUUCUUACAAUAUUUCCUAAUCCUAAGCCUUAUGGUCCUUUCAAUAAGCAAUGCUCAGUGGCCACCUUCACCUGGCUUCUGGCCAAGCUCUAAGUUCAGGUCCAUGAGCUUUUACGACGGAUAUAGAAACCUCUGGGGUCCUACUCACCAAAGAUUUGAUCAAAAUGCAUUAACAAUUUGGCUUGAUCGUACCUCAGGAAGUGGGUUCAAGUCUGUCCGUGCAUUUCGAUCUGGGUACUUUGGUGCCUCCAUUAAGCUUCAAUCGGGUUACACUGCCGGAGUCAUAACAGCUUUCUAUCUCUCGAACAAUGAAGCUCAUCCGGGUUUCCACGAUGAAGUUGACAUUGAGUUCCUGGGGACUACAUUUGGGAAGCCUUAUACCUUGCAGACAAAUGUAUACAUAAGAGGGAGUGGGGAUGGGACGAUUAUUGGCAGAGAAAUGAAGUUUCAUUUAUGGUUUGAUCCCACCAAAGACUUUCAUCACUAUGCAAUAUUGUGGAGUCCUAAAGAACUCAUAUUCCUCGUGGAUGAUGUUCCCAUAAGGAGGUACCCGAGGAAGAGUGCAGCAACCUUUCCACUGAGGCCAAUGUGGGUAUAUGGCUCCAUAUGGGAUGCCUCCUCAUGGGCCACCGAAGAUGGCAAAUAUAAAGCCGACUAUAGGUACCAGCCAUUUGAGGCAAGGUACACCAAUUUCAAAGCCAGCGGUUGCUCUGCCUUUGCACCCGCUUGGUGUCGCCCGGUCUCCGCCUCUCCAUACCGGUCCGGUGGGCUGACUCGACAACAAAACUGGGCCAUGAGAUGGGUUCAAAGCCACCAUAUGGUGUAUGACUAUUGCAGGGAUCCCAAGCGAGACCAUUCCCUAACACCCGAGUGCUGGGGUUGAAAAUAAAAUUGGAUUUUUUACUGUUUGCUUGCAUUACGCUAUGCAAAGGACAUUACUCAAAUUUUUACUUCUUUAUUUUUUAUUAAAAAAAAUAGUGAUAGUUUAUUUA